AUGCAUCGACGCCUAGCUGUUUUUCGUUAUGGGGUUCUCACAAAUUCCCCACUUUCUUAUCUGAAUAGGAGCAAUAUAUUACACACCCCCCUGAGUAGUUUGAAUCGCAGAAAUAAUGCGUCCGCUUUGUUUCGAGUAUUUAUGUACACUUCGACGCAGCACCGGCGAGUUCCAGACCCCAAUAACAUAUCCGACUUAAUGAAGGAAGAUGGUGUUUCUGUUUGUUCUCGAAUGUGGAUUGAGAACUUUCAAGAACCCGAAAAAACUGUGACCAAUUUGGCUGAUUAUCUGAGGAGAUUUGAAUUAUGGGUAUUGGCUUACCAGAAGGUUUGUGCUGAUGAGAUGGGUGCAUAUAUGCCCCGCAGUGCCAUAACAAGGUCGGCUCUUGAGGAUUUGUUAGCUUUACGGAAUGCAGUUCUUGACAAUAGGUUUAAGUGGGGAGCUAGGUUGGAGUUUUUCCUGAAGUCUCCGAAGGACAAGACUGAGUAUGAGUCGUUAUCGAAGAGGAAAAUCAAGGCCAUUUUGACUACUACACAGCCAGCUCCAUUUCAAGAUAGGAUAGUUCAGGAGGUGUUGUUCAUGAUUUUGGAGCCGAUUUAUGAGGGGAGGUUUUCCCAGAAAUCAUUUGCAUUUAGGCCAGGAAGGAAUGCACAUACAGUGCUGAGGGUUAUUCGGAGGAGCUUUGCAGGUUAUCUGUGGUAUAUAAAAGGGGAUUUGAGUACUGUCUUAGACGGAAUGAAGGUUGGGAUGGUGAUAGGCGCUCUAAUGAGGGAUGUCAGAGAUAAAAAGGUGAUUGAUUUGGUAAAGAUGGCAUUGACUACGCCAGUGAUUACUAGUAAGGUUGAUGAAGGUGAGAAGAAGAAAAAAACGAAGAGAAAGUAUCAGAAGAAGAGAGUGUUAGCAGAAGAUGAGCCGAAGCCUGACCCAUAUUGGUUAGACACCUUUUUUGGGUUUGCUCCUGAAGAGGCUGAGAAAUUGCCUAAUUGGGGGCAUUGUGGCAUUCUUAGUCCUCUUUUGGCUAACAUAUGCCUUGAUGAACUGGACCGUUGGAUGGAGGGUAAGAUCAAAGAACUCUAUCGACCUUCAAAGAGUGAUGUCAUAUGGAAUAGUCCAGAUGGGGAAGUGGAGCAGGGGAAUACAUCUUGGCCAGAAUUUGUUCCCACAAGUGGACCAGAUAAGACGCGGAAGAUUGAUUAUGUGCGUUAUGGUGGGCACAUUCUCAUUGGAGUUAGGGGACCUAGGGCGGAUGCAGCAACAUUGAGAAAGCAGUUGAUUGAGUUUUGUGAUCAAAAAUAUCUGCUGAAGCUUGAUAAUGAGAGUCUCCCUAUUGAACACAUAACUAAAGGUAUAAUGUUUCUUGACCAUGUUUUGUGCCGUAGAGUUGUGUAUCCUACUCUUCGGUAUACAGCAACUGGCGGGAAGAUCAUCAGUGAGAAGGGUGUGGGCACUCUAUUAUCGGUUACUGCAAGUCUGAAACAAUGCAUUAAACAAUUUAGGAAGUUGAACUUUCUCAAGGGCGAUAGAGACCCAGACCCCCAGCCGUGUUUUAGAAUGUUCCAUGCCACCCAAGCUCACACAAAUGCACAGAUGAACAAGUUGUUGUCGACAAUGGUUGAGUGGUAUAGAUAUGCUGACAAUCGGAAGAAAAUUGUCAACUUUUGUUCUUAUAUCAUAAGGGGUUCACUUGCGAAGCUCUAUGCAGCAAAAUACAAGCUUCGCUCACGAGCAAAGGUGUAUAAGAUUGGUGCUAGGAAUCUGAGCCGUCCGUUGAAGGAGAAAAAAGGGCAGUCACCGGAGUACCAUAAUUUGCUGAGAAUGGGUCUUGUGGAGUCAAUUGAUGGGCUUCAGUAUACCAGGAUGUCUCUUGUGCCAGAGACAGAUUACACCCCUUUUCCAAUGGGUUGGAGACCUGAUCAUGAGAAGGCAUUGCUUGAAUAUAUAAAGCUGGAUGAUCCUCAAACUCUAGAGGAGCAACGGUGCUGCCUCAGAGAACAAGGUCUGAUUUCGCCUCAGGAUUACAUUUCAAUGCUAGUUUGGAACUAUAAAAGGAAUGCCAUUGCAGUGGAUCAGCUUUCCACCACAGGAAGUGGUGGGAAAAACUUACAAACAGGAAAAGAGUUGCUGUUGGACUUGACCUACAAAGAUGCUGAGCAAAGAUCAGGGGAUGAGGAAGACAAAGAAGAAAGGGUUCAUGCAGCACAAAUGUAA